AUGCGCUCCGUGACGAGGCCGCUGCUGCUCCUCGCCGCGGCAGCUCUCUGCUCUGCCAAGCCGCUCCCCAGAGAUGGUCUUCAUGAUCGCGGUUACUCAUAUCUCUUACAACGAGCAUGCGACUCACCCUGUGGCUCCGACAAUCAAUACUGCUGCGGCUCUAGCGAGACCUGCCAAACAUCAAAUGGAGUCGCAAGCUGUGUCGCUGCAAAGGGAGGCUGGGUCGGCGAUUAUACGACUACCUGGACAGAGACCAGAACUUAUACCAGCACAAUCAUGACCCGCUGGGAGCCUGCUCCGGAGCCUACAAAGGGCGUUGACUGUGUGCCCAAGAACGACGAGCAAGAAGCAUGCGGUGAGAUCUGCUGUGCUGGCUGGCAGACUUGCGCGUUUAUGGGUCAAUGCUCUGCAAAGCCUGGUUACGAGGAGCCCACCGCUGUUGUCAUUACCACUGAUGGAAAGAUCACCACCCAAUACUCGGCUCCUUAUCGAGUCACUGGUACCACCACUAUCACCAACAGCGGUGCGGCCACCGAGUCCGAGACUGCAACUGAGACUGAGUCCGAGGCUUCUGCAACGGCCACCGAGACUAGCGAGGGUGCUUCAGCUGGCGAGACCGGAACUGGUGGUGGAGGCCUGAGUGCCGGUGCCAUUGCUGGUAUCGUCAUCGGCGUCAUCGCUGGUGUUGCGCUUCUCCUUCUUCUGUGCUUCUGCUGUAUUGCCCGUGGUCUCUGGGUUGCCCUCUUUGGCAAGAAGGACAAGGAGAAGAGCGAGCGUGUCGAUAUCUACGAGGAGCGAUACUCCCGCCACGGCAGCCGACCACCUCCUUCGGCCUCGGCCCACUCCCGUCGUCCUCGACACAAGGGCUGGUUUGGCAUGGGUCGCCGUGGUUCCCCUUCUUCGGCCGGCGAUCGUCGUGAGAAGAAGUCGGAUGGCAAGAAGUGGCUCGGUAUUGCUGGUCUCGCGGCCACGCUCCUUGCUCUCCUCAAUCUCAAGAAGGAUAAGCGACCUGCAAGCACCAAGCCCGCGCGCUCAUCUCGAGGAUCGUCACGAUCGCGGUAUAGCGACUCCUAUUACUCAUACAGCGACUACACCAGCCCCAUCACAGCAGGCAGCUCAAGCUCAGGUGGACGAACGAACCGCACUCGUCGCACAAGAGACAGCCGAGCGAGGUCGUACUACUCCCGCGACAGCAGGCGAUGA